AUGGAAGGGGCCCAUCGUAGCGAGGCACAUCAUAGCGAGACCCAUUAUAGCGAGGCCCAUCCUAGCGAGUCCCAUCAUAGCGAGGCCCAUCCUAGCGAGACCCAUCAGAGUGAGGCCCAUCCUAGCGAGACCCCUCAGAGUGAGGCCCAUCCUAGCGAGGCCCAUCCUAGCGAGACCCAUCCUAGCGAGACCCAUCCUAGCGAGUCCCAUCCUAGCGAGUCCCAUCAGAGUGAGGCCCAUCCUAGCGAGGCCCAUCCUAGCGAGUCCCAUCCUAGCGAGACCCAUCAGAGUGAGGCCCAUCCUAGCGAGGCCCAUCCUAGCGAGUCCCAUCCUAGCGAGUCCCAUCCUAGCGAGACCCAUCCUAGCGAGUCCCAUCAGAGCGAGGCCCAUCCUAGCGAGGCCCAUCAGAGUGAGGCCCAUCCUAGCGAGACCCAUCCUAGCGAGACCCAUCCUAGCGAGACCCAUCAGAGUGAGGCCUAUCGUAGCGAGACCCAUCCUAGCGAGACCCAUCAGAGUGAGGCCCAUCCUAGCGAGACCCAUCCUAGCGAGACCCAUCAGAGUGAGGCCCAUCCUAGCGAGACCCAUCCUAGCGAGACCCAUCAGAGUGAGGCCCAUCCUAGCGAGACCCAUCCUAGCGAGACCCAUCAGAGUGAGGCCCAUCCUAGCGAGGCCCAUCCUAGCGAGACCCAUCCUAGCGAGACCCAUCCUAGCGAGUCCCAUCCUAGCGAGUCCCAUCCUAGCGAGUCCCAUCAGAGUGAGGCCUAUCCUAGCGAGACCCAUCCUAGCGAGACCCAUCCUAGCGAGACCCAUCCUAGUGAGGCCCAUCCUAGCGAGUCCCAUCAUAGCGAGGCCCAUACUUAG